AUGGGUUGGGCGGGGCCCAUCCUGCUGGUCACCGCCCUGUGUUUCGCGGGCGCCGCCGCCCAAGUUCCUACAACGCACUUGGCGGUGAUUUACCUGAACCGAUUCAGCAUGGCAGACGUGUCCGCCCUGGUGGACCCCAGCUUCGCCUACACGCACUACCUGUUCGCCUUCUGGCUGCGCGACAAGGGCGGGCCCGUGGACGCGGCCCGGGUGUGGGUGGAUAACAACUUGGGCAACGAUUCAAGGAUCCAGGAGGCCCGCUCAAGGGGCGUGAAGUUUAUGAUCUCUUGCGGCGGCGGCACGGGCAGGCCACAGUUCCAGGGAGGCUUCCGCGGCGGGGCGGUGACGGACGGCGCGAUGUACGGCCGCGAGGUGGCUGAGUUCGCUAUGGCGAACAACUUCGACGGGGUAGACUUCGACAUCGAAGGUUGGGCGCAGGCCAACGAUGGACUUGGAACUCAAUGGUUGAUUGAUGCCACUUUGGCAGCCAAGACAACCUUCCGUAAUGGCAUUAUCACCCAUGCACCUCAGGCGCCCUACUUCUCUGAUAGGUGGAGUACCAAUUUUUUCCUUGUGCACCAACAAGUAAGUGGCUAUGCACAUCUCCCGGAGUUAACCUGGCCCGCGGGCUUUUCACAGGAGAGCAUUAUGCACAAUUUGCCGACAAUCGUUGAUUGA